AUGUCCUCCGUCCUCCGCACCCUCUCCAAGCACACCCGCACCCUCUCCGCCGCCGCCCGCGCCCCCGUCGCGAGCACCAGCUCCGUCGCCGCGCCCGCCCGCGCCUUCCACUCCCCCUUCGCCGUCCUCGCCUCCUCCGGGUCCCCGCUCACCGUCGCCCCCAAGUCCCCGCCCCCCGCGGGCUACGCCGGCAUCUACGAGAAGAACAUCGAGUACCCCGCCGAGCCCAUCCCCUCCGGCUUCGGCACCCGCACCUACGUCGUCUCCCAGCCCGACCCCGCCAACACGCCCUACUCCGUCCCCGCGGGCGCGUACCCCACCUCCGCCCCCUACGUCGCGUACCCCCGCGCAGACGCGCCCCCGGCCGAGCCUGGCGCCCAGUUCGCGUCCGCGAGCACCGGCUUCGCCCACCCGCUCUCCCAGCGCGUGCUCUCGGGCGAGCUCCCGGACGUGAACCCGUCGCCGCUGCACGAGAACGCGGAGAAGUUCUCGAAACUCGGCGUCGACAACGCUUGGAAGGCCCGCAAGUGA